AAAAUUGUGUUGUACAAAGUGAAAUUGUUAGAAUAACUAUUGUUAUAGAACGUUCUAGCUAAACAAAUAAUUAACGGCAAUAUGUUGCAGUUUAAUACAAUUUUUAUUGAACACGCAGAUACAUACAUUUAAAAAAAACCAAUGCUUAGACACUAAAGAAUACAACAUAUAAUCGACCAACUGACUGAGAGACGACGCGUCAGACAUCCUGCAUUGAUUUAAAACGGGAAACGACCAACAGCCAUGAAAGUUGACACGGUUAAGCUGAAGAAAGGCUCCUCGGAGUUGACUUCAGAGUGUCGCGAACUAAUCGAUGAGCUGACUAAGCGACGCACACGUCCCGAACUCUUGGAGUUCCUCAAUACUGUGCACGUUUGGAUUUAUGGAAAAUGUGAGCUAUACCACUGGAUUGAAAUACUGGAUCGUUUUGACAAAAUCCUCGAAGAGGCGGCACGGCAUGUCAACGGCAAUGAGUUUGUGUUGCAGUGCGAUACGACAUUUUUGGAGGCGGAUGUCACGCUGUUGCUGCACGUGCUCAACUUCACAACGCUGCUGAUUGAGCACUCGUUCUCGCGUCACUUGUACAAUUCGAUUGAGCAUCUCACGCAAUUGCUAUCAUCGCAGAACAUGGACAUUGUACUCGCAGUGCUUAACCUGUUGUAUAUGUUUUCGAAACGUAGCAACUUUAUACCGCGUCUGCCUUUCGAGAAGAAGGAGUUAUUGAUCGUAAAACUCUUUAAUAUCGCUGAGCGUUGGGGUGAUCCCAAUUAUGGUCUCUCAUUGAAAGAUUGUUGCAUUGGCGAACCCAAACUAGAAUUUCUUUACCAAUUAUGCAUCGACUAUGUAGAUGAACAUGGUCAUGCAGCACAAUUGGAAAUACCGGACAUGAUGGAUCUUUGCCGGACAGCUGCAGCACCCGAAGUUAUCAAAACCAUAGCUGGACAGAUCUCAAAGCCCAGCGAAGCCAUCAAGAUGCGUAUCGCCCAUCGCGUACGUUUGAUAUCAGGCUUCAAUAACUACAAGCUCCGCCUCCAAUUUGUCCAAGCACGCCUGCAGGCCGUCUCAAUACUGAUAUACUCCAAUGCCCUGCAGGACAACACCGAUAAGGUGCUUUAUGCCGGCUUCGGCGAGGAGCUGUGCGAGCUAAUAGACAAGGAGGACCUACAUCUGGUGGAGAUACGCGCAGCUGUUUUGCGUACCCUUACAUCAAUGCUUCAUUUUGAUCGCAAUCCAAAUGUUCCCAGCAGGGCUGGUUCCCGCUUAAUGAAAAUCGUGCAUUAUACAGGCGCAGAGCGCCAGGGCGGCACACUUCCUCUGCUCGUACGUGACUGCAUUGAUAAUCUGACCACGCAUGGCCUCACCGAUCGCUAUCCACUGAUUUUGGCCACAUCGCUUUUCUCAUUGCUUUACCAUCUGGCAAGCUAUGAGAUGGGCGGCUCGGCGUUGGUAAAGAGCGGAAUGAUGCAGUCGUUGUUGCGCGUGAUCAGCUGGCCUGGAGUCGACCUGGAGCACAUCACAUUUGUGACAAGAGCUGUGCGCGUCAUCGAUUUGAUAACCAACAUAGACAUAGCACGCUUCCACCAAAACAAUGGACUUAACGUGUUCAUCGAACGACUGGAAAAAGAAAUCAAGAGCUGUUGCAAGGCUCUAGCCGACAUUGGCAUCACACUAAAAGAGUCAACACUCAAAUUAGAUACCUCCCUAGAACAGGUGGAGGAUGAUGAUGCUGCUACAGAAAAUGCGUCCAUUGCCAGUGGCAGUGCAUCGCCGCGUCGUGACAAUUCAUCUAGUGAUGGCGGCAGCGGCACUGCUAAUGAAAACGCUUCAAGAGCCUAUCGCGUUUUUUUAGAACAUAAUGAGCAACGCGGGGGCGCUGCAGGUGGUCUUCUAGAUAUAGGCGUUCGUGGUUCUGGAAUACACGCGCUAAGCAGCCUUGCCAGCAGUGCUAUUGAAGCAUCGGCGCGCGAAGGUGAUAGCGCCGGCUCUGCAAUACGCCCUGUGCAAUAUCCAGCCAACAGUUACUAUGGACGGCCCUUGGCAGAGCGUAAAGCGGAACUAAGCUCACAGCUACCCACGAGCCUACCGCUGAAGAAGCCCUCGUGUGUAACACAGCGCGCAGCUCUCCUCAAGUCUAUGUUGAAUUUCCUCAAAAAGAGCAUACAAGACCACGCACACUUCAGUAACAUGCGCAACAUCAUGGAAACGAGCCUCACUCAGUCACUGCGCCAUAUUAUCGCUAAUGCUGAGUACUACGGACCUUCGCUAUUUUUGCUUGCCACCGACGUGGUCACAGUCUACGUUUUUAAUGAGCCGUCGUUGCUCUCCUCGCUGCAGGACCUGGGUAUUACCAGCGUUAUGCUAAAGGCUCUGCUGCAGAAGGAUGUGCCAGCCACUCGCGAAGUACUCGGAUCGCUUCCCAAUGUAUUCUCAGCCCUUUGCCUCAACGAGCGAGGGCUUUUUGAGUUUCUAUCAUACGACCCCUUUGACAAAGUGUUAAAGGUGCUACUCUCACCAGACUAUUUGGUGGCCAUGCGGCGGCGCCGCUCCUCCGACCCUCUGGGAGACACCGCUACCAAUCUUGGAAAUGCCAUGGAUGAUCUGAUUAAACAUCAUCCUUACCUACGCGCCGACGCCACUGAAGCCAUUGUGCGUCUGCUUAACGAACUGGUGCGUCUGGGCUCGGAUCCCUCCUUUAUCUGCUGGCGUGCCAACAAGGAAAACAGCACGGUUGCUGGUACUUCCCACAGCAGCGCGCACACAACAUCAACUCCAUCCCCCAUGGUGAUGGUGGCCGCAGGUGGCGGCCCUGUAUUGCAGAGCGUGGGUGCUGACAACAAUGAUAGCAGCGGUGACGAUGAUGAUGACGACGAUGAGAUGAGCUCUGCGUCGCAGCAACAACAACCACAGUCCACACAGACUCAGCAGCUUCAGGUAAACGCCCAAUCUGUAGCCGCCCGACCUCUUCAACUGCAGUCAUGCAGCUCCACCCGUGCAAGUACUCAUCUUACUCUACCCGAACGCGAGGCAAUACCACUGAUCGACUACAUUCUUAACGUAAUGAAAUUUAUUGAGGCCAUCUUUAGCAACAGUCCCAAUGGUGACCACUGCCGCGAGUUUGUACUGCGCGGAGGUCUCAAGCCCAUCCUGCAACUUCUUUCACUGCCCAACCUGCCGGUAGAUUCGCCCGUGUCUACCACAUCGCAGGCUGUGGCCAACGUCUGCAAGGCCAUAUUGAGCCAGGCGCAGGAGACUAAAGUACUGGACAUCGCACUGAAGCAGCUGGCCGAUAUUGUUGCUCAGCUGAAGCCGCUUAUCAAACAUUUUACCUUCCCAGGAGGUAGUGUACUCCUUGCGGAGCUCGUUUGCUGUCAGCGCCUGGAAGAUGGCUUCGCCAAUGCUGAGUACACGCCCAUACUGCACAACAUGAGCUUUGUUCAUGGCUACGUGGUCAUGCUGGUGCAUCUUUGCCGCAAUGCUUCCGCCGAGAUGCGUACUAUACUGCUAAAACGGUGGGGCGCCAAUCGGGAAACAGGGAUUGCACUGUUGCAGCAGCUUGUGCAGCUGUACAUCUCCCUAGUUUGGGAAAGUACCAUUCUACUAAACCUCUGCUCGGACGAGCCCACACAGCAUCCGGAUCUCAUCUGGGACGAGAUUGCCGCCCAAAUGUCUGCCGCUGCUGGCACCGCUGAUCCCCUCACUGAGGCCGAGCUGUCGCGCAAACUGGAACGCGCUGCGGAAUUUCGCACCAAGUACACGCCUGAAGAACAGUUUCGUUACAUUAAAUCACUUCUCGCAGCCUCUUCACGUUUAGGACGGGCCCUCGCUGAGCUGCUAGGCACUCUCGUAAAAUUGUCCGUGGGUUCGCCGCAAACACGCCAGCGUCGAGUUAACGACCUCAUCAGCAACAUAAACAAAGUUCCUACACCGGAGGCCCGAGAAAUCGCGCGCAUACUAAGUUCGAUUCUGGUGAAUGGGUUCAGUCAUGAAAGUAUUUUACCCAAGCCGGUCCCCAAACUUAAGUUGACAUUUCUCAUCUGCUCAGUGGGUUUCACUGGACCCAUGCUGUUCGACGACAAACGUAGCGCCUUUCACUUGAUGAUCUCGCAGUUCUGUGCAGAGAAUGGUCUGAAGGCUUUCUUUGAGAUGUUUUAUUGGGCCUUGUCCCUCGACAACGUCUCGCAAAAAUUCGUCUUUGAUCAGUGGGCCCCGAUGGACAACCUGAUGCAGUCGUAUGAGGACGACAAGCGUGACUGUCCAGAGGGUACCGGCGAGUUUCUCGAUGCUUGGUUGCAGCUGCUGGAAAAGAUGGUUAAUCCACGGGCAAUGCUUGACUCACCAUACACCAUGAGCACCCGGCUUAACUACAUGCCCGACAGCGUCCCAUUUGAGCCUGUUUUUUAUCUUAUACACAUACACCAGCUGGCUAUGCAGGCCCUUAGGCGCAUCUGGAGCCGUCGCCCUAUACCCAACUAUGGCCCCUCCAUGUUCGAGACCAUGAUUCUCAUAUUGAAGCACCUUAUAAAAUCGCACCAAAUGCUCCUCGAGCGCUAUCAUACGCGUAUGAAGGAGAUUAAGUUUGAGAACCUCUACAUCCGUAGCACCGAUGACGGACUUAAUGCCGAUCACAUCAAGGUCCUCACAGACAUGGGUUUUCGUCACUAUCACAUCAUCGAAGCUUUGCGCACCAACGCAUCGUUAGAGGAGGCCACUGACCACCUGCUUAAUAACCCGGAGGCGAGUGCGCUUUCUGUAGGUCGAGCGGAGGCACAAACCCCGGCUGGGAUAGCCAACCCCGCAGCAGCUACGACUGCUUCCGGUACUGCAACGACAUCAGAUAUGGACGUAGAUGUAGAUGUGUCAGUGGGAGCCUCUGAGAUAGGCCAAUUCGGAACCAAUUCGAACGACACCUCAGUUUCAGCAACAGCGUCGACAUCCUCCUCCUCGCUUCCAUUGCUGCUGCUACCUCCAGCGUCAUUUAGCAACACAUAUAACUACAAGCAGAUUAAGCUAAUGCCGCAACUGGUCUUCGACCGUUUCUGUGAUGAGGCCAUCACACGUGCUUUCGAGUUCAUGGAAGCCAUUCCGGAUACAGUGACCAGUGCGGCAGACCUUAUAGCAGUGCUUUACCGACGGCACAACCAGGCCCACAAGCAGGUCUUUAUUACCAACUUUGUACGCAACAUCAUCCAGUGGGUAGACUUUACGUUGCAAUUGUUCGAACCGAAAGCAAGCAGCCAGCGCAUUGAAGAGUGCCUAACAGGUAUGACGGCUACACGAUUGUUUGUACGCCUGAAGACUUCUACACUGUUGCUGGAGGAGAACUACAGCGACCUGCACCGGCCACUGGUGGAAGCUAUUACGACUCAAGGUGCCAUGGUGUCGCUGGUAAAGUUGCUCGAUUGCAUGGGCCAAUGGCUACUGGAACAGACGCGGUCGACCGUGCCGCGCUGGGUGCAGAAUCUUGUAGAUCUCAUAGAUGCCAUCGACAGCAUCAGUCACAUCCUGCAGCGUAAGGCAAACAUGCGUGCGGUAAGCAGCGAUGUGUGGCGCUGGUACGAUACCUCAACUGGCAAGUGGAAUGCCUAUUCGGAAGCUAACAAUGAGCUGAUACGCAAUGCGUAUGCUGCAGGCGAGCGCUGGCUGCACAUUAAUAUAGGAAGGCAGCGCUGCACCGUUAGCUUUAACUGCAUGACGCAGGUGAGCGAAGCAUCAGGCAGCCAUAGACCUGUCUUCCCGUCGCUUAAGGUCAGCGAGGCCAUCACCAACCUGCACAAUUCAAACUCGCAGCACAAAGUGGACAACAUAUUGAAUCGCAUAGUACGUACUAUCCCCGACGGCGGCAUCUUACAAGUUGACGAGCUGAUCCCGCUUCGCCAGAUAGUUAACUUCAACGAUCCACAGGUGCCACCAGCUACGGCUCCAGCAACAGCUACAGCACCAACUGCAGAAACCUCUGAAGAUCCUGCCAACGAUAGCUCUGGCAGCGCUGGAGCGACUUCCCCACCUGGCGGUAACUAUGUGAUGACGCGCAGCAAGUCUAGAUUGAAGCACGCAGCUGCAGCAGCUAAGGCCAAAGCAGCCGUUAGUGGCACUUCGCCACUAAUACCAAAGCGCACACAGAAAAUCGUGCUGAACGAGGAACAUGUGGGCUUGAGCAAGUUCGACUGUGGCCGUAUAAUUGGCAGCAUUGUAGAUUUGCUGUUGCAACCAGGGCAACUUCUUAAUUACGAAACAAAACUCUCACUGCUGCGGUUGUGCGCGCGGUUGACUAGGAACUAUGAAAAUGCCCAGAUCUUCAUAAAGCGUGGCGGUGUGCGGAUGCUGCUCCAGCUACAGCAGUCGUGUAGUUUUAUGAGCUUUCCCACGUACGCAAUUAUUAUACUGCGCCACGUAUUAGAAGCGCCGCCGGUGUUGCAAGAGGCCAUGGAGCGAGUGCUGGGAAUGCGUGCAGCCGGAAUUGUGCCUGUAGGCCAUCGAGAUCUCAUAUAUGUGAUUACGCAGGUAUCGACGGCGGUUUCUCGUGAUCCAACCAUUUUUGUGGCAGCCGCCAAGGAGAUGCUCAAGGGCGAAUACCUAAUAAAUUCAAGCAGCAACCCCACUGACGACGCGCGAGUUAUGGUCAAGUCAAAAUUCGGACAGCAGUCCCAAGGUGGUACGUCCAACGCGACAGGCACCGAACAGCAACCAAAAGAUGAAGCCAAGGAUGACUCGCUAGUGCAGUCAUCUAUAUCUGUGCUGAAGGAGUUGCUUCACGCACUAAUCCAGCCUUGUUGUCACUACGGAAGUAGUACGGAGUCUGUCCAAAAUGCAGCGGAGCUUGUUGUCCCGGAUCAGCCACCCAGUGCCGUAGGAACAACCAAUGUCGGCGAUGAGGAUGCUCCACCUUCCAGCAAGAAGGCAGCCGGCGUAAACAUUGCCACCGGUAGCACUACGGAAAAAUUUGAGCCAUGUUGCUGUACCUGGCAUAUACCAACAACCGCACAUAUUCACGUUAAGCCCACACUCUCACGUGCCACUCUGCUUAAGGUAUUGGCUGAUGCGACACGUGCAUAUCAGUCUCUGGUACCACGAGUGCUCUUGGGCCACGUUUACACUACAGCGGACAGUCCAUUGAUCACUGCGCCAAAGCAAUCCUUCCUGGCCGUCCUGCUUGAUCGUUUCCUGCCGCUGACACAGCGCCAACACGUGCCAGAGGUGAGCACUAUGGCGCGGGUGCUACUUUCCUCGCUUUCUGACUGCUACCAGCAGCCGGGUGUACAGACUCAAGUAGCUGAAGAAGUCCACGCAGCGGUGGCGCGGGCUCUUGCCCAGCCAGAUUCGGCCGAGAAGCACACACGCCUCCAGGUAUUAAUGAGCCUCUUCCCCAAUCUCAUCGAAUCACCCAUGCUCUACGACAAGGUACAUAUGCAUCGAAAUAAUAUGUACAGAGUCCUGCUGCGUCAGGGCGUCAUGACCUACCUGACUAAAGUGGCCCAAUACAAAGAUUUGUCUAAUCACAACACACUCAGUACGCUGGCUGCUAUAUUGCGACCGAUGGAGAUACUGCUACGCUUUAGCGUGUCGACAACGACGCUUGGUUCAAAGCGCAUUCUUUUUGGCAGCGCUAGUGGCACCAGCGGCGGCAGCGGCACAAGCAACAGCAGCGGUAGUAGUGCUGCCAGCAACGCUGCGGGCGGCGCCCUGUACAGAGCCAAUGCUGAGUACAUAAACCGUCGCCUGUACCCACGUAUGGCGGCCCGUUCCGCGGUCAGUGCGGCGGUGGAGCGCUCGAAUGCCAUUGGUGGUGAGCAUGUGCUGCGCGAUAUAAUACGCAACGUCUUGUCAGAUCGUCGUCACGCUUUUGAAUUUAUCUUCAAUUCAGAUGAGAUGGCCGUCGAUUCGGAGGAUUCGGCGUCGGUUAGCAAUGGUGCUGGCGCCACUGCUGCCAGUGCUAGCGCUGCUAGUGGCGGUGGUAGUAGCGGUGGCAGCAACGCUAUCGACGUGGUUGACGAGCGCAGUCGAGGUAUGGAGGCUCAGGAGCCAACGCCGCCUAGCAAUGCUAACAACGCCGGUGUGCGCCCCGUCCUCAAUUUCGAUCAACUCUGGGAUGAUUUCCUUCAAAGCGAAGGUCUCCGCUUGGCUUCACGUGUUGGCAGCGGUGGUGGUUCCGCCGGAACAGGUGCCAGUGGGGGCCAACAGAAUGGUAUUGGCAACGGGUCUGUCAGCAGCACUGGAGGGGUCGCAGGAAGUUCUGUAGGCGGAAGCUCUAGCGGAGAUCCACGCCUUCGCAACAACACUGAUGUGGAUAUUGGUGGCGGAGGCAGUGGUGUCGUGGCGGCUAACGUCAAUGACAAUGGCAUUGGCGGUGGUAGUGACGGUGCUUCCACCUCAUCGGACACGGGUGCAGCAGGUGUCGGUGACAUCAAUGCCUCGUUGCUGGGUGAUGUGAGUACCAGCGACUCUGAUUCUGAGUCCAAUGCUUCGACAGAGGAGCGCAACGAGGACGAUGAGGAUGAGGACGACGAUGCUGGUGAUGAGGAUGUGGACGAUCACAGUGAGACAGAUGUGGAUGAGGGACGGCCGCGUCAAUUCAUCGAAGUAUUUGAUCAUAUUUAUGAACCCGAGUCGUCGGAGACGGCCUCCAACGAUGCUGAUGUAGAUGCUGAUGAUGAUGAUGAGGACGAAGACGAUGAGGAUGAAGAUGAUGAUGUGGACGAGGAUGAGCAUGAAACACAUGAUGCAGUCGACGUGGAUGAGUCGGCUGAUAUUGAUGAUCUGGUUGUGCCACAGUCGCGAAAUCGACCGCGACGCAGCGCAGCUCUUUCUGCGAGCGUAGAGACCGGAGGCGGUAAUGCCAGUGGUGCCAGCACGGGAGCUGGAGUUGGAGACGCUUUCCUCUACGAACGUCUAGGUGGUGAUAGUAGUCAUGAGCAUAGUCACAGACACACUAUGUCCACGCCACCCGCCAGUUUUCGUGUGCGCAUCAACAGCUCUAUCGCACAGCCACUGGACAUCGAUGUGAACGGAGGCGGAAUCGUAGGUGGCACACCUUCUGGAGAUGCGGGUAAUAGCGGAAGCGGUGGCACUACAAGCGGGGUAUCAGCUGCACUACGGCCAUCGGCUGAUUCGUGGAUGGCACCGGACUUCAGCUUUAUGGGCGGCGGUCCUUCCAAUGCCGUAACCUCCAGCAGUAGUGGUGAUGUUAAUGUGAACGCCUUCCUAGCACCCACAAUAGCACAAAUGGAUCGCACUGCAGGCGGGGGUCAAAACAUAAGCAAUCUCUUAGACGAACCCGUAGCUAUCAGUUCUCUUGGCAGCAAUGGAAGCGGCGGUGGUAGCACUAGCGCAGGACACCCCAAUGUCCCGACUCUCUGCAAUAACGGUGUCCGUCGGCGGCUACUUUAUUUAGACCAACAGUACUGCGUAUGCAUGCCUACGCACCAGAACCCAACGGAGGAGACGCAAAUGGAAAUAUUCACUCAAGAUGCACUUCACUGGUGGUUGGAGGAAGCUAAGGCACUGGACAUGGAAAGCCAAACUGAUGCAUGUCUAUAUGCUGCUCAUUUUCUGUUGCCUCAUAUCAUCAAAGAACUAAAGGCUGCUCACAUGCAGCGAAAACAGGAUGAAGCUACUCGUCAAUCCAGCGCAGCUACUACUGUCAGCACACCAGCAGUACCCCUAACAGGAGGCGUAUCUACUUCUAGCGCGCCUAGCACAACCGCCAAUACUUCUGUGGUUACCAACAGUACCACAACAAAUAGCAGUAACCGCCGCAGUUCCAUACCGGUUCUUAUCCAUCAAGGUGGCUUAGGGAUCCCUGGUGGCCCCAGCAGUGGUAUAGCCAGUGGUGUCUCCGUUACGAAUUCCAACAGCAAUCCAUAUAUACCGGGACCAACUACUGGUGUUGAGCAACCCCGCCCACGACAACGUGGUGGCUCCCGCCAGCAACCGCCCUAUAACAUCUACGCCGAGAUCGACUUGACAAGCGAACAGGAUCCAACAGCUUCGCUUACUGUUUCCGCCAACAAUUUGGGAAAUGUAUUUCAGGCCGCAGUAACGGCCGGGCAGCCGCAUUCGCAUUCUCAUCAUAGGAAUCAGCCGCCUGUGCCGCACCUAGGAACAAAUGUGCGCCUUUCCCGACCACGUACGCGCCUGGACGAGGUCGAUCUCUACGCGCCCGAUGACUUGCAGGUAAUACCAACCGACAGCGAUGAUGAACUCGCUACUGAGGAGACUAUAAAUCGUUUUGCGGCACUCGUAUACGAUUCCUUUCAGGUUAAUGAACGACUUGGGCCGUCGCGCCGUCACCAACACUCGUCAGGUAAUCACACAACCUCUUCGCGCACCUCCGGCGCUAUGCUGCAUAGUUCGCGCUCUAAUCGAGACCUGCCAAUGCGCACAAUCCCAGACCUCCAUCGUCUCGUACAGGCACAUACUGCGUCACGCAGUCGGAGCACAACUGCAGUAACACCGGCGACAGCGCCUACCGUUUUCAGUAGCUCCACGGACGACACCACCUCGGAAGAGACAUCACUAGAUCCGGGCAGCUCAGAGCUGAGCUUCAUCCUACCUCCCCCAUUGGAGGCCGUACCGGCAGUUUUGGAUAUACCUGCUCAGCGACAGGCCCAACAAGCGCAAGCUCAACAAGUGACAGAGACAUCUCAGCACCCAGUGACAACAACGCCUCCCAUUGCGGAAGAUGAGCUGUGGCCUGCGAGAGAGGACACUGUGACACUGCCAUCCGAUCAGGCUACGACGCUGCCGGCUGCAGAUGUGACUGCAGUUAACCCGACAGCGUGUGAGAUUGUCGCCCAACCAAGUGAACAACCAAAUGAAGAAACAAGCGAAACCACGGCGACGACGACCAUUACGGGUAGCACAAACCCAGACUUGGAGGCUAGUGUGGAUGCCGCCGAACCACCAUCAGAAGUGGUAACAGAGGGGGAGGUUGACUCUGCAGCUGCAGCUGAAGCCGAGCUAGAUCGAUUAAUCGACGAGGCAGCGGCUGCUAGUAAUAUAACUUUCCCGAGCCCGAUCCGUGGAACAACUACUACCACCACCAGUUCGACCACGAACAGCAGUAGCAAUUCCAAUACUACAUCGACUGCUGCGAUUGUCACCGACAUGAGUCCCGAGGUGCGUGCCGCAUUAGGUGAUCUGGAGGUGCCCGAAGGCGUGGAUCCAUCUUUUCUAGCAGCAUUGCCCAGUGAAAUGCGCGAGGAAGUAAUUCAGGAGCAUUUGCGAAUGCAACGCAUCCGUCAGCGAGCACAACAGACUGCCAUACAAAUUGCUCAUGACUCGCUCGUAGAAGUGAAUCCAGAAUUCCUGGCCGCGCUGCCGCCCAACAUACAGUCGGAAGUGCUAAUGCAGCAGCGGAUUGAACAGCAACGUCAGGCGGCUCAGAGCGCUAAUCCUGAUGAUCCUGUCGACACAGCUGCCUUCUUUCAAAACCUGCCCGAGAAUUUACGCCAGGCGAUACUCACUGAUAUGGAGGAGUCACAGAUAGCCAGUUUGCCACCAGAAUUAGCUGCCGAGGCACAGUUUCUGCGCCGCGACUGGGAGUCUCGAAACGGCGCUCGCAUGGACGCCCAUCCACCAAGCAAUGCAUUGUCAGCACGGUUCCAGACGACUCUACAAAACUUGGACGAUGCGCGCUGGCAGAGCGCGAUUUGGUACGAUGCCAGUGGCAAUGCUCAGCCGCAACAUCACCAGCACACCACGAUUGUGCAUCAUCACCAUCACGCACCCAACGCUGGAAAACCGCUCGCACUCCUUAUGAUGGAGGACGAGAACAUACUACUCGACCCGGACUCACUGGCUACGCUGCUACUCUUUUUGUUUGUCGAGGACCAGAAAGUGAACAGCAUGCGGCUGCACCGCGUCAUCCGCAAUCUGUGCCACCAUGAGCCCACACGUGACUGGAUCAUAAAUGCGCUCAUUAGUAUUAUUCAAAAAACCAAUGAGGAUAAUGCAAGUCUAGGAGCUGGUGCGGGUGCAGUGACGAAUGCGGGCAGCAAGCCGCAAUGGCUAAAGCUGCGCGUUGACGCGGCCUUUGGCUACAAGUCAAAUAUCUUCCUUAUUAACCGACUCUAUGAGGGUACCGCACGCAGCAUCAGUAUCAAUCCUCAAGCGGCGCAGAUGAUCGUACGCAACUGUCUUGACCUGCUCUUUGUGCUGGCCAAGCACUAUCCGCCCAGCUUUGUGCCCUACAAUCGGGAUCUGAAGGCGCGCCGUGUGCUUAACGCUGUUUUCGCUUUAUCCUCUCCAACACUCACGUCCAGCUCGGCAUCGAGUUCCAGUACAUCGUCCUCAACACGCCUUGAAGAUGUCAAUAGCAUCGUCCCCGGAGCAAGCUCUUUGGAUUACCGUUCGCGUUUUUAUCGACACCACGUAGCCAAUCGACUACGCGGUAUUUUAGAUGAGCCUAAGCCUUUGUCAGGACAAACACUUACUGUACCGCUGGAUGAGGCUCCCUCUACAUCGAAAGCGGCGGCGGCAAAGGCUGCCGCUUCGGCCGCGAAGUUGCCCACAAGUACAGUGGCUUACCAAACCAAUGCGAAGAACUUUUGGGAUGUAGUGCUCAACAUUGACCGGCAGACGCCGCUACGCCUCGCGAAUGUGGCUCAGUUCCCGCUCACCUCUCAGCCACCUUGGGAAUGGAAGACAAAUAACAGCGACUUUCUUUCCUUUAGCGAUUCUCCGUUCGGGCAACUUCUCGAGAUGCUGCCCUACAAAGUAAUAUGUCGUUCACCGCAUUUGACCGACAUGCUCGUUAAGCUGUUGGCCUCGCUCAGCACUGAGCUACCCAAAGAGGAAGAGCAGUUGUCUGCAACAGAGCAGAUGCUCUCCAUGGCAUCAGUGACGAGCUUGCGUGAUGAGAGUGGGCGAUCCAGCGAAGGCAUAGGCGAGGAACUUCCGCGCAUUUCAGCCGUGAGCAAUGAAAGUGAAGGAGCUGGUGAUGAAGUGUCAGGCGAAGAGCAAGUUCAUGCGUUAUCGGCUUCGGUUCCGCCUACAGGUUUUACAUCGCAAGUAAAAGGGCAGUCGUCGACACCAAAUGUGUCGAGUGCGCCGAUUAAGCCGCGCCGUAGAAUCUACUCCAAAAACUUUUCACAGUUGCAGCUGGUUAUUGAGGUGCUAACCCACCAAUGCGGCACUACUGAAGGCCUGGACAAUGUGGCUAAAUUAAUCGUCAACCUGACACAGUGCUCGAAGGCAUCCAAUGCCAUUUUCAUACAGUACUUAACAGCGGCCAUCCUAGGCUUGGCCGAGGAGGUACGUCAGGCUAUACAGACGCUUCUGAAUGAGAUACGUUCCUAUAAUGCAGUCGGCGUGCAGGACAACAAACCGAGUACGUCGCAAAGUUCCAGCUCUUCCUCUACCGCUUGCACAGUACCCGGUAUCAGCGCCCCCAACAACACUUCACUUCUCUCCAACAUGACUGUGCACGAAGGCACCAUGCAAGAUCGCUUCACAGCCGAGCAUGUCAUCAUAUCGGCACCAAAAAAUGCAAAACCUACAUGCGAGCUUCAGCUGCCAUCGAUGAAGAAACUAAUGUCCACCUCAUCGGCACAACCAUACUUCUUGCGCACUCUCAAGAUUUUCAUGCAGGUGCGUGAAAUGUACGAAGAACAGAACGGCAGCGAAGAAGAUGACGUUAUCGACAUUGUGGGCGAUGGUUCCGGCAGCAAUAGCUCAAGAACUAGCAUUAGCGUCAGUAGUGGAGGCAGUGGCACCAGUGGUGCUGAUUCAGGCAUGGAUGCUUCUGAAAACGGCAGUACUGUGAUCAAUAAGCCAGCUUCUAAACCUACACUCAGCCAAAUACUCUGUCUCGAUGUGCUCUGGCAUACGCUUAGCGAAUGCUUGGUGGCGCUUGAGGAGUCCAAGGACGAAUUUGCGGUACUUGUUCUACAGCCAACAGUUGAGGCAUUCUUUCUUAUACAUGCCUCUCAUCGAGGCACCCCCAAGAAACCGGGUCGUGAUACAGUCGCCCCCGGGCGCGGUAGUGGCUCUGGUCAUGGCACGAAUGUUGGUGCUGGGGCGAGACUGGAGCAAAGUUUACCGCUGGACGAUAGCAGUAGCACAGGCACACUCAAUUCUUCCGUGUACGAGGCAGAGGAGACGCGCAUGCAUGACGGAUCCAGUAAUACGUCUAGCUCAAGCCCUGGUGGAUUCUCAACCUCACAGACAAAUGUUGUGCUGUCCGACCACGAAGCGCAACUUAAGCAAGAUCGCCAGAAGUUCCUGCAGUUCGCCGAAAAGCAUCGCACCGUGCUAAACCAAAUACUCCGACAGUCGCCCACGCAUCUGUCGGACGGGCCGUUUGCAGUGCUAGUCGAUCACACUCGCAUUCUGGACUUUGACGUGAAGCGCAAGUACUUCCAAACUGAGCUGGAGCGACUCGAUGAAGGCAUAAGGCGGGAAGAACACACAGUAAGUGUGCGUCGUGUUACAGUUUUUGAGGACUCGUUCCGCGUUUUAUAUCGCCUUGGACCAGAGGAGUGGAAGAAUCGCUUCUACAUUGUGUUUGAAGAGGAGGAGGGUCAGGAUGCAGGUGGCUUGCUACGUGAAUGGUAUGUCAUCAUCUCACGGGAAAUUUUCAAUCCCAUGUACGCUCUGUUCUGUGUGUCACCGGGUGAUCGUGUCACCUAUAUGAUCAAUCCAUCGAGCCACGCCAAUCCCAAUCACCUGAGCUACUUUAAGUUUGUCGGCCGUGUUAUCGCGAAAGCCGUGCAUGAUAACAAGCUGCUCGAGUGCUACUUCACCCGCUCCUUCUAUAAACACAUAUUGGGAAAACAGGUGAAGCAUACAGACAUGGAAUCGCAAGACUAUGAGUUCUAUAAAGGAUUGGACUAUCUAAUGAAGAACGAUAUAUCUACACUCGGCUAUGAGUUGACUUUCUCGACCGAGGUGCAGGAGUUUGGUGUCACACAAAUACGUGAUCUCAAGCCAAAUGGGCGCGACAUAGCCGUCACUGAGGAGAACAAGUUCGAGUAUGUGCAGCUGGUCUGUCAGCUGAAAAUGAGCGGCUCCAUUCGGCAGCAGUUGGAUGCGUUCCUCGAGGGCUUCUACGACAUAAUUCCAAAGCAUUUAAUAUCCAUAUUUAAUGAGCAAGAGCUGGAGCUUCUCAUAUCCGGGUUACCUGAUAUCGACAUAGAAGAUCUUAAGGCGAACACCGAGUAUCACAAGUAUACAUCGAAAUCAGCUCAGAUACAAUGGUUUUGGCGUGCUUUGCGGAGCUUCGACCAAGCCGAUCGUGCAAAAUUCCUUCAGUUUGUAACCGGCACGUCGAAAGUGCCGCUACAAGGCUUUGGCUCGCUGGAGGGUAUGAAUGGCAUUCAAAAAUUCCAAAUACAUCGAGACGAUCGGUCGACCGAUCGUUUGCCCUGCGCCCACACUUGCUUUAACCAGUUGGAUCUGCCUAUGUACAAGUCCUACGAUAAACUACGCAGCUGCUUGCUUAAAGCUAUACACGAGUGCUCCGAGGGCUUCGGUUUUGCCUAAGAUGCAAGCAAAGAGAUAGUGAAACGAAGAUACGAAUAUAGCACCAACGGCAUCAUACACAGUGCAUAUAGUUAUUAUAGUAUAUAUAUAUAUAUAAAAUGUUGAAUUAAUUAUUAAUUUUCGCGCAUAUAUAUAUAAUAUAUAUUUUCUUAAAGUUUCAAAGGUUAAGAGAAAAGCAUUCAAACAAAAAGGCAUGAAAAAUGUUCUUUUUAACGAUACAUAUAAAUAUUAAUUUUAUGUUCUUAAAUCAACACUUAAAAAAAAAUGAAGGUGGAUGAAGAAAAUGCAUUAACUGCACCACUGGUCGCUUUGUUUCUUGUUUAUAUAAUAUAAAACAAAAUAUUUAAUACAAUCUACAAAGAAUUGAUAAGAAAUAUAGAAAACAAAGAAAAUAACGGAACAAAGUAUUUGAGCCAAGAGUAAGGUUUUAUGUUUUGCAUUUUAUGAUUAUUUUUUUAUUGAGUAGAUGUAACAUUGACAAAAAAUGAGUAAAUAUUUAGUAAUGAUGAUACAAGAACAUUUAAAAAUAAACGUACGCAAGCUUAUAAGCAUAUUUGAUAUAAAAUUAAAGCAAAAAGUAUAAAUAAAACCGAAAUGUGUUAACUCCAAA